GGAACUAUCUUCACGUGACGUAUUUCCGGUUCCCUACUUCCGCCUUACACAUGUGUUUAUAAAAAUGUGGAUAUCUGAGCUGUUUAAGUAAAACUACUAUUGUUCUUAAAUCGAUCACUGUUUGAGUUUGGUGGAACUAUGGGUAAGCUGAAUGUCGUGGUGUUGAGAUACUUAUCUCGAGAAGACUUCCGAGUCCUCACAGCGGUUGAAAUGGGGAUGAAGAACCACGAGAUCGUUCCAGUGAGUCUCCUGUCCUCCAUUGCCAGCCUCAAACAUGGCGGCUGCAACAAGAUCCUCAGAGAGCUUGUCAAACACAAACUGGUGGCCUAUGAACGCAGCAAAUCUGUGCAGGGCUACAGGUUGAACAACGGAGGAUAUGACUACCUGGCUCUGAAGACCAUGUGUUCACGAGAAGUGAUUAUUUCAGUUGGCAACCAGAUGGGCGUAGGUAAAGAGUCAGAUAUUUAUAUUGUGGCGAGUCCAAAUGGAGAGCAGUAUGCUUUAAAGCUUCACAGAUUGGGUCGUACCUCCUUCAGGAACUUGAAAAACAAGAGAGAUUAUCACAAACACAGGAAGAACAUGUCCUGGCUUUACCUCUCCCGCCUUUCUGCCAUGAAGGAGUUUGCCUACAUGAAGGCAUUGUAUGAUCGGGGCUUUCCUGUCCCCAAACCUGUGGACUAUAACCGACAUGCUGUGGUGAUGGAGCUCAUCAAUGGAUAUCCACUGUGUCAGGUGCAUGAGCUGCAGGAUCCCCCAGCCUUGUACAAUGAGUUUAUGGAGCUUAUCGUCAAACUGGCUAAUCACGGCCUGAUUCACGGGGACUUCAACGAGUUUAACCUCAUGUUGGACGACCAGGACCACAUAACUAUGAUUGACUUCCCUCAGAUGGUGUCCACCUCACAUGCCAAUGCAGAAUGGUACUUUGAUAGAGAUGUCAAAUGUAUCAGAGAUUUCUUUGCAAAACGAUACAACUAUGAGAGCGAGCUCUUCCCAACGUUCAAAGAUAUCAGGCGGUCUUGUUCUCUCGAUGUCGAAGUUUCAGCCAGCGGCUUCACCAAAGAUAUGGAGAGAGAUGGUGCGUUGCUACAUCCAGCAGGACCUGAGGAGGAUGAAGAUGAUGAAGAGGAGUGUGAUGACGAAGACACAACAGACGAGGAAGUAGAAAAAGAAGACGAAAAUGUGGACCUGGAAGAAUAUAAACAUGCAAUGCUGGAACUGGAAGGCCUUAAAGUCAGUGACAAAAAGACGGAAACACAAAUCGAGGACAGUGAUGCUGAAAAGGUGGAGGGUCAAAAAGAGAGUGAAACAAAGCCUACUGCUAAGAGUGAUGAGGAGACAGAGAGGGACGAAGAAGGAGAGCUGAAUGAGGCAGAUGAUGAGUGUCCAGAACUUUCUUCUGCCAACAAGGAGUUCAAGCCCUUCAGAGACUCAGACAGUCUUCUACACAUGGCAGACCAUAUCAGGAAGAGGACAGACAGUGAGGCCACAAUGGGCAGCAUAGGGAGCUGCUCAACCAUUCCACCAGAGGUGGUCCGUCAGAAGGUGCGGAGGCAGCUCACCAGCCACCAGAAGGCAGCACAGAGACGACGUCUGCAGAAGGGAGAAGCCAACUUGGUCACCAAAUCAAGGAGAGAGAACCAAAGCAACAUCAAGUCUAGUUUGGAGGGUGCCUCAUUCUGGGGAUAAAUUUGGCUGCUAUGAUGGACAGAUGUAAUUCAUGCCAACAUGUCUUUUGUCUGAGAAGCUUAAAUACAUGAUGGUUGAUGUAAAUACUCAGCAGCUGUGCAACAACUCAGCUGCCGUUUGCUGUCAUAAAAAUUUACAAGAAUGACAGAGCUUUGAACUUUUUUCCAAUUGAACUGCAGUGAAUUAUCAUGUUUGUACCACAAUCUAAUGUAAAUAUCAACUACCUGUCAUAAUGAAGAGUUAUUGGUAAUUAAACCAUCAAAACAUA